AUGCCUACAACGUAUGCCCCUGACUCUGCUUAUGACCAUACUCCUGUUAAGGCGCAUGAGGCUACUACUGCUGCUACUGCCUCUACUACGGGAUUUGCAUCAGGAACAGAAUCACAGGAAGAAAAUCCACUCCAAAAGGAACUUGAAGAGCUUGAAAUUGUCCGAGCUCAUGUUAUUGAUUCAGAGAACUGGAGGCGUAUUACAGCUUAUUCGAAUGUGUCAGACGAAUAUCGUUCGCAUCAUCUCAUUGCAGGCACUCUUCGUGGAGCAAACAAGUUGGGCGUCUCCCCCGCCAUGUUCCGGACCCUAGAUCAGAAACAGGUCAUCUCGAUUCUCCAUGUCGGCAGGGAUCUUUGCGGACACCCCAGUAUCACACACGGUGGUCUUUUGGCAACCAUCCUUGAUGAAAUCACUGCCAUGAACGCUAUCCCUAAUCUUCCUGGAAAGACUGGCGUUACAGCCAAUUUGAAUAUCAAUUACCGUCAUCCUUGUAUUGCAGAUCAAUUUAUUAUUGCCCAUUCAGAAUUAUCCUCGCUUGAGGGUCGCAAAGCUUUUGUAAAGGCCUCACUCAAAACCCUCGAUGGCACGGUGUUGACAGAUGCUACAGCGUUGUUCAUUGCUCCCAAAACUUCUCUUUCUCAGAUUACAGAGCAGCUUAAUCAAGCUAGGGCUUCUCCAAAGCCUAAUACACCUGAUGCUCAAGCGUAA